CUUAUACUACAGAGUAUAAUAUAACUACUGCACCUUGUAAUGUCAUAGGAAAAGAAGAAAGUAGCAAGAGGGGUUUGGGAAAGUUCUUGGUUCUUACCAGCAAACAAGUAAAAUAGCAGCGGGCAACUUCUUCGUCCCAGCUGAACUAGGACCCAUGCCAUUGACUGGUGGGGUCGCUUUUUCUACAAUAUGUACGGCAUUUCUUCCAACCCCAUGGCUUCUCAAUAGAAUCUCUUAGUCAGUCUCAAGUCAAUGCUUUCUUGAAGAUCACAACAGAACAACACAAGACACCCUCCUCCUUGUCUCUCAAUCCACAACUUAUUUUAGGACGAGGAAUGAAACUGCCUUCUUGUUAGUAGCCCUGCUUCUUGUUUUAUUUGCAACUUUGCUUUAUUUCUACGUUCAACUAGCACUUUUAAAACCAGUGAUUGUAUGUGAUGGCGCCGGUGGGAUUCAGAUUCCAUCCAACUGAAGAAGAAAUCAUCUGUUAUUAUCUGAAACACAAAAUGAACGGCCGUGAUUCCCUCGUUGAUGAUCAUAUUGGUGAGGUUGAUCUUUAUCGGCGGGAUCCAUGGGAAUUACCUGAUUCUGCGAGAAAAAAGUCAGAUGAUCGAGUGUGGUAUUACUUUUGUCGGCUUGAUUACAAGCACUCAAAUAGUAAACGAGCUAGCAGGGAAACCAAGAAUGGAUUCUGGAAAUCGACCGGCAAGGUUCGUGAUAUCAAGGCUAAACGCACAAAUGAGGUGAUUGGUACUAAGAGGACUCUGGUUUUCCAUUACAGAUGUCCUGAUUCUAAAAAAGUGGUCGGGACCAGCUGGGUCAUCCACGAAUUCCAUGCUGAAACUACCACUCCUGACCAGAGGGCUCUUGUUCUUUGCAAGUUAAAGCAUAAGGCAGAUGACUCGGCUGCUAAUUUGCCUGAUGAUGAAGGCGAGCCUAUUCGGGUUAUGGGUUCUAAUGUUGAAAAUAAUGCGGUGCUGAAUAAUAAUAACCAAGAGGUAGAUGCAGAGCUACUGCAAUCUCUCUUUGACAGUCAUGAGGUGGGUUUCAAUUUUCCUUUCGCACUGCAGGCACAGAACCAUGUGCAGAAUAAUAACCAAGAGGUAUAUGCAGAGCAACUGCAAUCUCUCUUUGACAGUCAUGAGGUGGGUUUCAAUUUUCCUUUCGCACUGCAGGCACAGAACCAUGUGCAGAAUAAUAACCAAGAGGUAGAUCCAGAGCAACUGCAAUCUCUCUUUGACAGUCAUGAGGCGGGUUUUGAUUUUCCCCUUGCACUGCAGCCACAGAACCUUGUGCAGAAUUGCCUUUCUGAUGAAGAGGAUAUAGAUUUUGUAGAUUCACUCCUAAAUGACUACCCACCAGCACCAAGGUCAUCAAGUAAUGCUUAUGUUUUGGAAGCAAGUGGCAGCGAAAGUUAUCUUGCCUAUGGAGAGUCUCCAAACUUGUAUGGUGGGCACGGUAGUUCAAGAGCAUACCAGCGGAAGCAAAGGGCUCAUAGUGAUGACACCCUCUUGAUGGGGCCAUCUUCCAUGAAUUCCACCACUGUAACUAGGCAUGAACAGAUUAAUUUAAUUCAAUCAGACUUUCCAAGGAUCCACAAAGCUCAGCAUGCACCCAUACCCCACAGCUUCAUGGAGCACGAGGGAAUUCCUGCUAAAGGAGAUCAAUUGCGGGGUGGGAUUUCAAGCACAGCAUCCAAACAUAAGGCCAGAGAAGGUGCAAGGCAAGUUGCUAAUAUUGAUCUGCCUAAGAAGGUUGGCAUAGAACCUGUAAAAGAAAGGAAAAUAGUUCAGGUUAUGAACGCAAAGCCGGCUGUGAAGUCGAGAUCAAAUGGUUCGGCUGGCAAUGAAAGGUGGGGCCGUUUCAUUCACCUUGAAACAACUACAUCAAGCCAUACGUCGACUCCUCCAUCUGUUUAUCUUGUCAAUUUAGUCGUGGGUCUGUUUCUGCUCUCAAUCAUGCUCAUAGAAGUGCUGAUUGUUCACUGAGAGAAGCUUCUCUUAUAAGGCUAUCGUCAAGAGUUUCCAGUAUAACAACAACACUUUAUUUUUUGCGAGAAAAGGUCAGCAAGAGGAGGACUUGAAAUCCCUAAAUCUUAAUAAACCCUCAACCUGCUGACAGAAUGGAUUUCUGUUUUUGCUAGCUUGUAUAUAUAUUGCCCCUUUCUCAUGGCUGCCGGGGCUAGACUGUAGUUACUGUUUGCUGUAUAAAUUAUAUUAUGUUAUAAUUAUUACAAGAAAACUCUAAACAGCAUGGGUUUUUCAACGUAGCAAA